AUGCCCGCCAUCCGUCAUGCCUCGAAGCGCAAGCCACCCCCGGAGGGUUUCAGUGACAUUGAAGACGACCUCCUCAUAUUUGCCAACAAGAUGAAGGACGCGCAGAACAAACCUUCGCCAGCGGGCCCGAAGCACCAGGCGCAGUGGGAGGUCUUCCAGAUUGCGCACCAAAGGAGCCGCUACGUGUACGAUCUGUACUACAAGAAGGAGGGUAUUAGCAAGCAACUGUACGACUGGCUGCUUAAGAACGGAUACGCCGACGCAAUGUUGAUUGCCAAGUGGAAGAAACAAGGCUACGAGAAGGUUUGCGCUUUCCACUGA